AUGUCGACAGUGGGAAAAGUAAUUAAAUGCAAAGCAGCAGUUGCGUGGGAGGCUGGAAAGCCAUUAUCCAUCGAAGAAAUUGAGGUAGAUCCGCCCAAGGCUGGUGAAGUAAGGGUGAAGAUUCUUGCAACGGGUGUCUGUCACACUGACGCCUAUACUCUAUCAGGUAAAGAUCCUGAAGGAGUGUUUCCUGUUAUAUUGGGACAUGAGGGUGGUGGUAUUGUUGAGAGUAUUGGAGAAGGCGUUACCACUGUGAAACCUGGAGACCAUGUGUUGCCGUUGUACGUUCCUCAAUGUAAAGAAUGUAAAUUUUGCCUUAACCCAAAAACUAACCUCUGUCAGAAGGUUCGAGUUACUCAAGGCCAAGGUGUGAUGCCCGAUGGAACUAAGAGAUUCCGCUGUAAAGGCAAAGAACUCUACCAUUUCAUGGGAUGUUCCACAUUUAGUGAAUACACUGUCGUAUUAGAAAUUUCUCUUUGCAAAAUUGAAGACAAGGCUCCACUAGACAAAGUAUGUCUGUUGGGAUGUGGUGUGACUACAGGAUAUGGUGCAGCCUUAAAUACAGCUAAAGUUGAAGCUGGAUCAAACUGUGCAAUUUUCGGCUUAGGGGCAGUCGGAUUAGCAGUAGGCCUCGGCUGCAAGGUUGCAGGUGCGAAACGAAUUAUUGGUGUUGACAUUAACCCUGACAAAUUUGAAACAGCUAAAAAGUUUGGAAUCAAUGAGUUUGUCAAUCCUAAAGAUUAUGAUAAGCCAAUCCAGCAAGUUCUGGUUGAUUUAACAGACGGUGGAUUAGAUUAUACAUUUGAGUGUAUUGGUAAUGUAAAUACAAUGAGAGCUGCAUUGGAGGCAUGCCACAAGGGCUGGGGAGAAUCUGUCAUCAUUGGAGUUGCUGGUGCAGGAGAAGAAAUCAGUACCCGACCAUUCCAGCUUGUCACUGGCCGUGUUUGGAAAGGAACAGCCUUCGGAGGAUACAAAAGCCGAGAUAAUGUUCCAAAACUAGUUCAAGACUACCUCAAUAAUAAGCUGCCUUUGGAUGAGUUUGUCACCCACAAGGUCUCACUUAAUGAGAUCAACGAAGCUUUCCAUCUAAUGCACGCUGGAAAGUCUAUCCGUGCCGUUGUAGAAUUCUAG